AUGAACCGGUCUGUAGCAGUACCGAGUCCAUCAAGCUCAAGAGAAGGUCCUCGCAGGUCCACUACUAAUGCGUUCCUCCUCCAUUCUGAUUGUGUCCAAAUAUUACACAACAUUUCGAACACCAUUCCGAUGCGUGCCAUAUGGAUAUUUUGCCGCUGCAUCCAGCCAAAAUUUCUCUCCUGUAAACCUGGCUACUCCACGCGAUGGAUGGCCGGAGCCCUGGACGACAGUUCAACGCGAGAACUUCUUCCAAAGUCCGUUUCAAUGACCCUCAACUACGUCUCAGAACUUCCCGUCGAACUUCAAAUUAUCAUCCUCGAGCUUUCUGGGCCGGGCACAUUCAUAGCGAUGCUCUCGGUCGUUUUGGGCGUUCUCCCCGUGUUGCUGUCAAAGCAGCUCUAUGAAUUUUGCUUGCGUGAUACAGAGCUCGACUGUUCCCAAGCAAUCUACGCGGAAUAUAUCACUCUUCGGGGGCAGACGUACAUAUCUAACCUCAGCAACAAGCAUGACCAUGGUAUGUCCAAGGUACCUACACAAGCGGCGCCUAGAAUACUCGCAAUGUCAAUGGACAGUUUCGGCAUCCGCAGAGUAUCCCGUGUACAGGAGGCUCGCGAUUCCAGGCUGCUUGGAGACUUGUGGUAUCGAUUUGAGAUACUACCUCAGAAAUCUGGUAGCAUGAUCACUCUGAGACGCAAUCCAUUGGUGAUUGACGACGUUAUACUUGAUCGUCACAACCACCGCAGGUUUCUUUGGGAUUCUCCAAUGAAGCCUGAAAUCAUACCGCACCAAUGGUAUGAUCCAUCGCCCGAGAAUUCGGACUGCUAUGGAUUCAAACGUGUUUCUUUGAACGGCAGUGUGAGUGGGAUCGCCGUCUCAUGUGGUCAAGGGACGAAUAUGAGUUUCCACGCCAUUCGCGAGGGACAGAGAGAUGCAUCGAUCCACGUCAAGACCGAAGUGGCAGCGAAGCAACCUUUGACUUGGAUCUAUUUCCCUCUUGCCGAAGGGGAGACAAUUUGCGGUGUUUGGGUCAUGACCAACUAUGGAGGGUUGGCGAAUGUUUGUGUUUACACAACCCUCGGCCGAUCGCGCAUAUUUGCAAGUUUCAAAGAGCCAUGGUACCGCUGCGGCGACCGCUACCAAUGCAUCAAUUCGGGCGCGGACGGGAGCAUCACGGCCCUCUACUACGACAGCCUCCGUUUGCGAUCGGAGCGCAGCCUUCGGGUCGGCGUUGUGAGUUCACAUGACGACGUCUUCGACGUCCCGGAAAAUCCUCCCUGGGCGGAUUGUCCCAUCCCGGAAGUGUGUCUGCAGACCGACCCGGAAUGGUUCCAUUCGCAGGCUUCGCUCCGAGAUGUCGUUUCGGCGGAAACCUGCGAAGACGGGUUGACGGGCGUCUGCCUGGGCGUGUUGCUUCGUUAUAGGAAUGGCCGAGAGGAGACUUUGGGCCAAUGGCGCUUCGAUCAGACUGUUGCAACGUUUGAACAUGAUCCCUGCAUACGGUCAAUGUCCUAUCGCAUAGAUCGCAGCAAAGGGAAACCCCGGAUGAGGGCCGUCUCUUUUGGUGCUUGCCUAGCUGACGAGAGCUCCGAGGGCGUGAGCAUUCAGAUGCAAGGCCAUCUUAUAUGGUGGUUCAGCGACUAUGGGGGGGGUUUCGUAGUCCAUUUGUCAGAUACAGGACGGGAUUGA